ACGCAGCUAAACCGUUAAACUCCACAUUCGAGUCGGAAAAGUGAAGGUGAAUUGUGCGCCGAACUGCAGUUGAGAUUGUGGAUUCCACCCCCCGCUGGCAAAUCAACCCCUUGGAUACUUUUUGAAAGGAAAACAGGUCGUCGGUUCAACGAACUUCCUUCCGCCAGAUACACAAAGAAGUAAAGGAAAGAAAAGUAAAAUGCCAGAUAUUCCCUUUGUCUUGAAUUUGGACUCUCCGGACUCCAUGUACUACGGCCACGAUAUGUUCCCUAAUCGCAUGUACAGGCGGUUGCAUUCGCGGCAGCAUCAUGAUCUAGAUUUGCACACUUUGGGUUUGAUUGCUCGAAUGGGUGCACAUGCCCAUCACCUGGUGGCGAAUAAGAGGAACGGGGAGCUGGCUGCCUUGGGUCGAGGUGGCACCUCAAAUAAGCAGGGCAAUUUCGAGGUCCACCUGGAUGUGGGACUCUUUCAGCCAGGUGAACUCACCGUCAAACUAGUCAAUGAUUGCAUUGUCGUCGAGGGAAAACACGAGGAGCGGGAGGACGAUCAUGGGCAUGUAUCCCGGCAUUUCGUUCGCCGCUAUCCGCUGCCCAAGGAGUUCGAUUCGGAUGCCAUUGCUUCCACUUUGUCGGAGGAUGGAGUUCUCAAUAUCACUGUUCCGCCAUUAGUUUCCAAGGAGGAGCUCAAGGAGCGCAUUAUACCCAUUAAGCACGUGGGUCCAUCGGAUCUUUUCCAGAAUGGAAAUGGUCAUAAGGAGGCAACUCCUCCAGCUUCUGCUUCGGAGCCGGAAACCAAGUGAAGGACCCCCUAUAGAUUGCAGCCUCAGCAGCCAAGUGAUUUCCCAAGACUCUCGUUUAUCGUUGCACUAAAAAAAAGUCAAAAAAUAUCGCACAAGUCGUAUUAUAUUUAAUAAUUUAUUAUUAGCUACAUUUUAAACAGUCCAAUCAAAUUUUAAGACUAAUCGAAAUCAAGUAUUAAUAAACGAAUAUGAAUGUCUCAGUA